AUGGCAGACACCACCGGCCCCGCCACGGCUACGGCCACAUCUAAGCCCCGCGUGGCGCACCGGACAUGGUACCACACAACCCUCUGGAACGCCUUCGUCAUCGGCGGCGUGGGCUUCAUCGCCCCGGGACUCUGGAACGCCAUGAACGCCCUCGGCGCGGGCGGCGCGCAGGAGCCGUACCUCGUCAACGCCGCCAACGCGCUGGUAUUCGGCAUCAUGGGCUUCCUCUGCCUCUUCGGCGGGCCCAUCGCCAACCGCAUCGGGCUCAACUGGACACUGUGCCUGGGCGCCGUGGGCUACCCCAUCUACAGCGCGGGCCUGUACGCCAACAACCGCUUCGGCACCGUGUGGCUCGUCCUCGUGGGCGCCGUGACCUGCGGCUUCAGCGCGGGCCUCUUCUGGGCGAGCGAGGGCGCCAUCGCGCUGGGGUACCCGGAGCCGGCCAAGAGGGGGCGGUACAUGAACAUCUGGCUGUGGUUCCGCACGGGCGGGCCCCUGGUCGGCGGCGCCGUCGUGCUGGCGCUCAACCACGACGCCGCCGCCAAGGCCAAGGGCAAGGUCGGGUACCAGACGUACCUCGUCUUCAUCGCCCUGCAGUGCGUCGCCGCCCCGCUUGCGCUUGCCCUCUCGGCUCCCGAGAAGGUCCAGCGUGGCGACGGCAGCAAGGUUAUCAUCCGCGCCGAGAAGUCGUUCAAGGCCGAGUUUGGCGCGCUCUGGACGGCCAGUAAGCGGAGGGAUAUUCUCCUGCUGCUCCCCAUAUUCUGGGCUGCCUACUUCAACCAGUACAGCGGCAACUUCCAGACCUACUACUUUGGCGUCCGCGCGCGCGCCCUCAUCGGCUUCGCAGGCAACUUCGGUACGCUGUUAGCCUCGCAGCUGAUGAGCUCGCUGCUCGACUACAAGGGCUUUUCCGUGAAGCGCCGCAUCGACAUCGGGUUCUGGUACGUGGUCGUCUGGCACAUCGUGGCGUGGGUGUAUGGCUGGGUCAUCCAGGAGAAGUACACGGCCAAUCCGCCUGCCUACGACUGGGAGGACAAGGGCUUCGUCGAGGGCUUCUUUGUGCUCCUGCUGUGGGACAUGGCGCGCCAGUCCCUGCAGAAUUGGCUGUACUAUUUCGUCGCCUCCAUGACCGACAACAUUGCGGAAUUGGCGCGUUUCUCGGGCAUCCUGCGCGGCCAGGAGAGCUUUGCCCAGGCGGUGUCGUUUGGACUUAACACGAGGAAGUGGAAGGGUGGACGGGUGCCACUGGCCAUCAACACCAUCCUGCUCGGCCUGGCUGCCUUCCCCACGUGGCUCGCUGUCCGGGACCAUGUCCCAGUGGAAAGCGAUGACUCUUCAGACGGGCUGACCAGGCAGGAGAACGCAAAGGAUGCGGGCAGUGACGUUGAGAAGGGCGAAGAGCACAUUGUGGGCCUCUCGCCGGAGGAAAAGGGGACACUGGCGGUUGCUCGGACCAGCAUCGGUCGCGACGCAGCCAUGUGA